AUGGCUCACGAAAGUUCAACAACUACCUUUACUUAUUCUGUAACUCGGAAAACUUCCCGUACCUCUCUGGCAUUUGAGACUGUUAUGUCCAAUCUCUACGCUUCAAUUGGGAAGCCUACGGACUCAAAAUGGCCAGCAAUUGCCGCAAGUAUGACAUCGCAUGAAGAAAACAACAAGGAGAAAUUCAUCGAAGGAGUUGAGGCGGCCGUUGGACCUCAAGGAUUCAUGAUUUUUGGUGAAUUCGAUCACGGUUCUUGGCUCCCACUCUUCAAUAUCAAUUUCAAUCCACAGCUUGGUCUAAAACGUAUCAUAAUCGGAAAUCCACUAAUAGCUAUUACGAUGCUCUCUCAAUCUAGUGAAUCUCUCAACGCAGGAUUAUUUGUACCUGUAGAGAUUCUAGUCCGCCAAUUAUCAGGUGAAGAAGGAACGGAAAUCACGUGGCAAGUACCUAGUACUUUGAUUGCUGCUACAGACAGAGGGAAUAAUGGAUUAUUGACUGCAGCGCAAGUUUUAGAUGGGAAAUUGGAAGAGCUGAUUGCUUUCAUUGGUAGCAACGUAUAA